AUUGCUCCAAACAAAAAAGAAAAAAUGCAGUCAAUGUUGAACCUGCAUGCUAUUAAUGGUGUUCCUCUAUGCCUUUGUGGGAUCACAAACCCUCUUUCCCUCUCUAAAGAGAUGGCAGAUCAUGAACGGAGAAGGAAGGCCAUGAAGAAGCAAAGAUCAUCAUCAUCAAUGGCCAGAGAAAGUGUUGUUGUGCAUGCAAAUCAAGAACAAAUGGUGGGUACUCUUUGGAAUUUUGAGACGGAUUCUUCUUCUUCAUCAUGCAUAAUCAUGAUGACGAUGAUGAUCUUUCACAUAGUACUAGUUGUUGUUACCUUGGUUCAACAGGAAAAGCUGCAUAGCCUUAAUUAGUUUAAUUCACACCAGCUAGAAUCUCUUCCAUUUAGUUGUUUUUCUCACUCUCUAUUUCUAUUAUAUUAUUAUUAUUUUUAAUUUGUCAUUUGUUUUUUAAUUAUGUGGG